AUGAGACUUUAUGAUGAAAAGAUCCUCUGGAGCUUCAUGCUCCUGCUGGCAGGUGCAGCGGGUCAGAACACUCAGUAUCUGAUUGGAUCAACUUGUGCUUUUGGAGGAUCGACCGUCACCCUGCCCUGCAGCUUCACUCCAAGUAGCUAUUUCAUUGAGGGAGGACAAAAAAUUCCCCUGAAGAUCGUCAGAGUCGUCUGGUGUAAAAACCAUCUGAUCUGUCACGGUUCAACCCCGUCUGUGUAUGACAGUAACUUAACAACCAACGACCCUCGAUACGAGUACCUGGGAGACAAGCAGAGAAACUGCACCUUACAGAUCAAAAGUGUUGCUUCAUCCGAUGAUGCGACCUUUCGCUUCAGGAUGGAAGCCAAUAACUCUGAAGGACAUUUUACAAACCAAACAGGAGUGAACGUCAUGGUUGUUGGCGGGACACAGAUGAGAAUAAUGAGCUCCAGUGGCGUCACAGAGUUCAGAAGUGGCCAGUCAGUCUCACUGCAGUGCAGGUCAGUCUGCUCUUUCUACCACCUGGAGAUCACCUGGAUGAGAGAUGGCCACGCCCUCUCAGAGACUGGCCCCGCCCUACAACUUAGCUCUCUGACCACAAAGGACUCUGGGAACUACACCUGUGCGCUGAAGACCAACAUCGGGACCCAGUCGGUGCCGAUCAGGCUGCAGGUGGAGGAGGGUCCACCCUUGGACCUGUUUCUGAUCCUGGGUGCAGUGUUUGGUUUCCUGCUGGUUCUGAUCAUCUUGGUUCUGGUCUUCAUCCUCAUCAAAAGGAAGCGAGCUGCCGCAGCAGCAGGACAUCAGACGGAGCUGAGGGAAGACAUGCACAGCAACUUCCUGCCUGCUGAGGACGCGGGACAGCAGAGGACAGAAUCAAGCCAAGAGGACGGGGACGUCAGCUACGCCUCGGUCCAGUUCAGACACAAGAAACACAAACGACAAGUGGAGGAGGCAGCUGAUAGCAUCAUCUACUCAUCAGUAGCCACCAAAAGAUGA